UUUGCUAACAGACUAGAGCUGGCCACAUGGAGCCCGAGCUGGAGCACACACUGCCUGGGACCCUGACCUGGAGCCACAGUGGGGGUCCAGAGAGCCCAGAGAUGGACUUCUUAGAACCAGAAGAAAACUCAUGGCCAUCGCCAACUGUGGCCACCAGCUCAGAGAGAACCUGUGCUAUACGGGGAGUCAAAGCUUCCAGAUGGACGAGACAGGAGGCCGUAGAGGAAGCAGAGCCACCAGGUUUGGGAGAAGGUGCCCAGUCUGGACCAGCUGCUGAGUCCACCAGGCAGGAGGCCACAUUCCCAAAGGCCACACCCUUGGCUCAAGCUGUUCCCUUGGCUGACGCGGAGACCUCCACCACAGGGUGGGACCUGCUCUUGCCCGACUGUGCAGCCUCAGCAGUGGGCUCCAGCACAGGUGACCUGGAGCUGACCAUAGAGUUCCCAGGCCCAGAGGUCUGGGACUGUGAGCUCAAAGGCCUGGGGCAGGACAGGCCUCGGCCUUGCCCCUCCCCGCAGGCUCCACUUCUCAGCCUGAGUUGGGACGAUGAACUUCAGAAACCCGGAGCCCAGGUCUAUAUGCACUUCAUGCAAGAGCACACCUGUUAUGAUGCCAUGGCCACCAGCUCUAAACUGGUCAUCUUUGACACCACACUGGAGAUAAAGAAAGCUUUCUUUGCCAUGGUGGCCAACGGUGUGAGGGCAGCCCCUCUGUGGGACAGCAAGAAGCAGAGCUUUGUGGGCAUGCUCACCAUCACGGACUUCAUCCUGGUGCUGCACCGUUACUACAGAUCCCCCCUGGUCCAGAUCUAUGAGAUUGAAGAACACAAGAUUGAGACCUGGAGGGAGAUCUACCUACAAGGUUGCUUCAAGCCUCUGGUCUCCAUCUCUCCAAAUGACAGUCUAUUUGAAGCUGUCUAUGCCCUCAUCAAGAACCGAAUCCACCGCCUGCCGGUCCUGGACCCUGUCUCCGGCACUGUGCUCUACAUACUCACACACAAGAGGCUACUCAAGUUCCUGCAUAUAUUUGGUGCCCUGUUGCCCCGGCCCUCCUUCCUCUGCCGCACUAUCCAAGACUUGGGCAUUGGCACAUUCCGAGAUUUAGCUGUAGUUCUGGAAACAGCUCCUAUCCUGACUGCGCUGGACAUCUUUGUGGACCGACGAGUGUCUGCACUGCCUGUGGUCAAUGAAUCUGGUCAAGUCGUGGGCCUCUACUCCCGCUUUGAUGUCAUUCACUUGGCUGCACAACAAACUUACAACCACCUAGACAUGAGUGUGGGAGAAGCUCUGAGGCAGAGGACACUGUGUCUGGAGGGCGUUCUCUCCUGCCAGCCUCACGAGAGCCUAGGUGAAGUCAUUGACAGGAUUGCACGGGAACAGGUGCAUAGGCUGGUGUUGGUGGAUGAGACCCAGCAUCUUCUGGGUGUGGUCUCCCUCUCUGACAUACUUCAAGCGCUGGUACUCAGCCCUGCUGGCAUCGAUGCCCUCAGUGCCUGA